GUGGAAAAAUUGACAGGCUAUUUGUUCUAUUUCGUGAUAUCGCGUGGCAUUCAAGUGUGUUUUUCAUCGCGAAUUCUGAAAUUGUGUCGCAUUUUUCAGUAAUAAAAGAACAUGAGCAACAUGCAGAAGUUCAGGGGUGGUCGAGGAAACAGGAGGUUCCACCAGAACAAUGGAGGAGAGCGUUUCCAGAAAUAUCGCGACUAUGACGAGCACGAUGACCGCGGUGAAUUUCCCAAUAACUUCCAGCGCAACCCUAACAAGGGGAGAAGGGUUAGUUUCAAGCCGACUGGGCGGCAAGGGAAUCGUCACAAGUUCUCAGAAGAAACCAUCCGGAGCAUUUUGGAGGAGGACGAUGACAUGACUCCCGGAAGCGCUGGAGGUUCGUCCCACUUUCAACGUAAUCAGACUCGUGGAUCUUUGCAAGCUCGCCGACGAGGAUCUCCUGUUCCGCGACGAGGAGGCUUCAGUGGCCCUGGAAAGCGUCGUUCGAAGCUCGUCGCUGGUACUUCGGGUUGGUACCAAGUGGUCAUUCCGCACGGACAUCAGUACCCCAAGGAGACGCUGUUCAAGCAAAUCCUCAGCAACAUUCACCCAGAUAUCUUUGUGCCGCACUAUUUCGCCACCGAGGGCAACGGCUGUUCCUUCUUCGUGGACGAAUUUGACACGGCCAACAGGCUGUACAAUAGCAACAUCAUCCAGAUGCCCACAGGCCAGACGCUGCACAUGAAGGUGUACAGCAGCGUGCCAAACGUGAAUGUGGACAGCAAUCUGAAGGAGCGCAUCAAACAAGCCAUGGCGAAGCGCUACAACGCACAAUCGCGAAUGCUGGACCUCACGAAGUUCCACGCGGACUCUGAUCUGCAGGACAUCUUCGUAGGGCUGUCGCGAGUGUCAAUUAUGGGGGCGGCGAUUGAAGUGAUCGCCGCGAAUGUUCCCGAGAUUGAGACACUCAUCCUGAGUGACAACAAAAUCUUCUCACUGACGCACUUCGAUACACUAGCCAAGAAAUGUCUCAAUCUGAAGAACCUCUGUCUGAGGAACAACAAGAUUGCUAUGCUGAAUACGCUGGACAACCUGAAAUCAUUAUCUCUGACGGAACUCGUUUUGACUGGUAAUCCGUUAAAAGAGAAAAUGCAACCGCGCCAAUAUAUCAGUGAAAUACGCAAAAGAGCAUCGAAGUUGUUAAUCCUGGAUGGAGAGACUCUUCCGCCUCAAAUAGGCUUUGAUGUCUCAACCGAAGUCACUUUGCCGCCAGCGAAGGCGUCCUUUUUGUGCGACAUGAGCGGUUCUGAGAUUGUGAGACAAUUCCUGCAGCAAUACUUUGUGCUGUACGAUUCAGAGAAUCGACAGCCAUUGCUGGAUGCAUAUCACGAGCAUGCGUCCUUCACUCUCACCACAUAUUCGCCCUUUGAUGAGAUUCCGGACAGAGGCAUUAAGCCUUAUUCGUUCAACAAUCGAAAUUUACUGAACCAGAAGAUCAAUUAUGAUAGGAAGAAGCGCAGCGUGAAAUACGGACGUUUGCCAGUUGUGUCCUAUUUGUCUGAGUUGCCGCCAACACAACACGAUCCUGACUCAUUUGGUGUGGAUCUCAGUCUGUAUAUGCCACAAAUGAUACUCUUGACGAUCACAGGAAUUUUCAAGGAGAAGCGCAAGAAUCAAUCGCAGCCGCUGAGGUCAUUCCAGAAGUGUCUGCUCAUUGUGCCUGCUGGAUCUGGAUACUGUAUACGCAAUGAGAUGCUUCACAUCACGGAUGUGACCAAGGAUCAAACGAUGGGCGCAUUCAAGCCGGCGCCGGUGAGCGAGAUGACACCAAUGCAGCCAUCUCAAGCGCCCAUUGUUCCCGUGACGCCCAUUCAGGCGGCAAUGCCGAGCACUUCGGGACACGUGGACGAUGUCACGAAGAUGCAGAUGGUACAGGCAAUCGCGCAGAAGACCACUAUGAAUCUGGAGUGGAGCAGCAAGUGUCUUGAGGAGACAAACUGGGAGUUCGACAGGGCCAUUCAUGUGUUUACGGAGUUGAGGAAGGAUAAUAAGAUACCACCAGAGGCAUUCGUCAAGGCUGGCAGCAGCUUUUGAGUUAGUUUAUAGCAGAUUAUGAAUUUUUUUCAUUCUAGUUGUAUGACAUUAAACGAAGAAAUGAAUAUCCUUGAAAUUUAUGCAAGAAUUUGUUAAAAUGAACGCGAAUUACACGAAAUUCAGAGAAGUUUUGCAUUAAUUAUGUCUAAAUAUCUAAUUGUGAGAGAUGAGAUUAUGUAGUGACUAUAUUAAUAGACAAAUUCUAAUAGUUUAUUUUGCUGUAUUAGAAUAAAAAGAAAUCAUAUUUUAGUAUUAAAUUUACUGAAAUGAAAUCUUUCUUGUGUGAGCGUGCAUAAUUGGUGUCUGAUAUCAAAAAUCUAUUAACACACAAUAUUCAGUGUGGAGUUGAAGCAUUGACGUCAAGAGUGUGCUACAAAUACAGCGAAAUUGCUGAUUAUUGGUAGUGUACAUUUGAUACUGUACAAUAAUAAGCUAAUUAUUUAGUACACUGAUUGUGAGACUUUCUGACCAGAAAUUGAGUAAAGAAAGUGCAGGAGCAGAGCUGAAUAAUUGAGAGGCUUUGCGAGGGCACUUUGAGAGAUCUUCAGAAUUGUGCGCGACCUCCAAAAAGCAUUGCUCAAUAGCUCUUGUCUCCUGUGCCUCCUUUUGCAAGCAAAUUCUCAAGCAAAUAUAUGCUCUUUUUAUGAUGUCUCUCUGGUGCCUGAGCACAAGUUUUUGUCCGGCCACGAAGAGAGCACUUAAGAUGUAUGGCAACAGAGAGGGAAAAUGCUUGGGCAAAUAGACACCGAAAUGUAUGUUGUUUGGCAAGAUCUUAUUGCAUAUUUUCCGCUCCCGUCGCCGUGGUGAAAAGAUGACGUUGAAAGGCGGAAAAUGUGUUGGAAAUUGUGUAGUUCAUGUAACAUAUAAAAUGUCUAAUUUGCAAAUGAAUUACAUUUGAGUACAAUUUGCACUCUCUAUUUUGUGUCAGUCAAACAUUAUUCGCGCAUUGUCAAUAAAACAGGUAUAUAUUUAAUAUAAGUGUCUCGCUUUAUAUACAUAAGAAGUAUAAUUUGAUUGACGUCAGUGGCUCACCAUUGCGUACACAAGCACACAAAAAGGUGCGCUGGAACUUGAUAUGGUAGGUAAAGAGAACCAAUAAAUGGGAAUAAUUUCUUUGAACUCUGGCUUUUGCACUGAUUCUCUGUACCUUGCUGAUGUCCUGGAGACUCUUUGCUGUGUGAGAAGGAGUCUGUUGGUGAAAUGAUCGUGGGAUUUUGGGCGCGUGUGUAUUAGAAUUCGGUGAUCGUGCCGCGAAUGGGUUAAUGGUGUGUUUGGGCAGACACAGAAAAGCUCAAUGGAGCGCGCGAUCGGUGGACGAGCAGCUGAGCCAUCGCGAUGCCGUGUUUGAGGGGCACAUUAGCAUUUAAACACGCACAGCAACGAGGUUGAGACACAAUCGCUGGCCACAACAGCAGCACCAGCCAAGAGCAGCAAUUCAGUUGAGUGGCUACCGCGAUAAAAAGC